GGUGUUCCAGCAGCGCGUUCUCGUGUCGUCGCCAUCUUGGUGUCUGUCUGUCCGGAGCCGGGACACACCCGGAUGCCGGGACCGGUCCUGGAGUACCGGGGACAUGUAUAGCCGCGCUGCGUAGGGGGUCGGCGUGGAAGGGACCCGGGUGCCAGGAAGGCAGAAGAUGUCCCGGAGGAAACAGACAAAUCCAAAUAAAGUACAUUGGGAGCAAGUGCUUGCUGGACUGGAAAAGAAAGCUCGUCAAGCAAUGAUGAACACGGACAUCGUGAAGGAGGAAUCAUCCGAGAUGGGGCAGCAAGACAGGAGCAGCAGUGAGUGUGAAAGCGAUGCAGAAGACACAACAAUCGAUGACCUGUCCUCCCCGGGUUCAGAGGAAGACCAGACCGAGAGGGAAUCCGAGAACGACCCUGGAGUCAGUAGAAUAGGAAAAAAAAGAGCCGGAGAGACAGCUUCAGCGGCUGGAGAUGGACAGCUGGAUGCCGGAUUGUUUGCUUGUCCGUUGUGUCAGAUGGAUUGUGAAAGCCAGGAGCAGCUAGUAACUCACGUCUAUCAGCACACUGCUGCGGUGGUCAGUGCUAAAAGCUACCUGUGCCCGGUUUGCGGUCGGGCCCUUAGCUCCCCGGGGUCACUAGGUCGACACCUUCUGAUUCAUUCACAGGAUCAGUUAUCAAACUGUGCUGUGUGUGGAGCCCAAUUUUCCAGCCAUGCCACAUUUAACAGUGAGAAGCUGCCUGAGGUUUUGACCCCGGAGACCUGGAACCAGAACAAUCACAAAGCUUCAAACAGCGAGGACGAGAAGUGCUUGGAUUUUGAUGCAGUUUAUCCAGCAGGUAUCUUACUGGUUUGUAAUAACUGCGUAGAGUAUAGGAAGAUGAUAGCCGCUCAGGUACCCGCUGGACGUAAAUGGGCAGCGAGAAGAACAAAUGAGCCUGUGGAGGCAAGAAUGCAGAGACUGGAGCGGGAGCGUACAGCAAAGAAAAGCAGGCGUGAUAGCGAGACCCCGGAGGAGCGUGAGCUCAGGAGGAUGCGGGACAGAGAGGCCAAGAGACAGCAGAGAAUGCAGGAAACGGAUGAGCAGCGAUCAAGGCGUCUGCAACGAGACAGAGAAGCCAUGCGGCUGAAACGGGCCAAUGAGACGCCAGAGAAACGCCAAGCCAGACUGGUGCGUGAAAGAGAAGCCAAACGGUUGAAGCGGCGGUUGGAAAAGAUGGACAUGAUGCUGCGGGCGCAGUUUGGGCAGGAUCCCACUGCCAUGGCAGCUUUAGCCGCUGAAAUGAACUUCUUUCAGCUCCCAGUAGGGAACUCGGAACUGGAUCAGCAAUUAUUAGGAAAGAUGCCGCUUGAGGAUCAAAGUAACGGAGCCCUGCAUUGAUCUAUACCUGCCCACGUUCUUCAAUGGCAGCCUACAGUUGCCCUGGUAAUAAUGGCAACCUAUUCAAAGGGAACUUCUGCAACUGCUUUCAGGUGACACUCACGGACUCUUUUCACCUUUUGGCAACAUAAAAGAACCGGGCCCACCUCCCAUCCUCUGAGUUGUGUUUGUGUUGAACCGAUUCCUCAGGAUUACAAAGCUGCUGAAAAUGAUUUGUUUGCAUUUCAAAAGUGCCCGUUUCCUCCGACUCAGCAGCGUCGCCGUUGUAGGUCGUGGCGUAUCUGACGUUGCAGAGAGCGAAAGGCACGGACUAGGAGCUGAACGAGUUAAACUUCUGACACCCCUUAAAAUAUUGCAGCCCUGCGGCUGUGUGAAACAGGGUAUACAAUGCAGAAUUCAAACAGUGUUCGGAUAUUUCAUUUGUGCUGUGAAUGGGUUGUAUGUGUGUAGUACUUUUAUUUAUAUGUGUGUGUGCAAAUGAAUUGAACAGCAUCGGUGUACAAUACUGUAAUGUGGAGCCAAUAAAUUAUUUUAAUAUGGGGUA